GUGUGUCGAUGACUACUGGAACAGCCCCAAGACAACAUGGACGAUGAACGGGAGAUGGGCAGAACAGCAUCAAGACGCAAAACUGCGUCUAAUUUAACAUUUUGUGUCAAAAAGGAGAAGGAUGGAAAGUACAGAAAGGUAUACUCAGCGCUUCAGAAAAAAGAAGAUGAUCUCACAGAGGAAGAACAACAAUUAAUUCUCAACAAUGUAGACCUAGUAAAGAAGGCUCGUGAAAGCUUAAGAAAACGGGAAGAGGUCAAAGCUCGAUCGGAAGAAGUUGAGGAUCCUGAUGAUAUUCUUAUUCCGAAGUGUACGGAGUUGGCUGCUGCAUUGAGGAAUUCACGCCAUCUUGUUGUGUACACUGGCGCUGGAAUCAGCACAGCUGCAAAGAUCCCUGACUAUCGUGGAUCCAAUGGGAUAUGGACUCUUCUGCAGCAAGGAAAGGACAUUGGAAAACAUGAUUUAAGUCAGGCAGAGCCAACCCUAACUCACAUGGCCCUUUUUGAACUGUAUUCUCGUGGAAUUCUGAAGUAUGUUGUGUCCCAAAACUGUGAUGGCCUACAUUUAAGGAGUGGUUUGCCAAGAUCUGCCCUUUCAGAAGUACAUGGAAAUAUGCAUCUUGAAGUUUGUCAGAUGUGUCGUCCUAGCACACAGUAUUGGAGAAUGUUUGAUGUCACGGAAAAUACUGGCCGGUUUACUCAUCGCACUAUGCGCAGAUGUCACUUAUGUCAUUCAGCUCUCAUAGAUACCAUAGUUCACUUUGGUGAAAGGGGCAAUUUACCGUGGCCUCUUAAUUGGCCGGCGGCAAAUAAGGCUGCUGAUAAUGCCGACACUAUUCUCUGCAUUGGAUCGAGUUUGAAGGUUCUGAAAAAAUAUCCUUGGCUGUUUGGCAUGGAUAAGCCCGUCCGUAAACGACCAAAAUUGUACAUUAUUAAUCUACAGUGGACUCCCAAGGAUGAUCAUGCUGUCCUCAAAAUCAAUGGUCGUUGUGAUCGAGUUAUGCAAGAAGUGAUGAAAUUGAUGAGCUUGCAGAUUCCGGAGUACUCUCGUUUAAGGGAUCCUAUUUUCUGUCAUGCAACUCAUCUUCAUCCUGAUGAAUUACACACAACAUCACAGCGUGAACUUGAUAGUCUUUUUAAAAAGGAAGAAACCAACUUGGAAGAAGAAAAUGGUGUUUUGAAACAAAAUUUGAAAAGGAACAAUUCUGGCUAUGAUGCAGAUUGCCCUACAAAAGUGAGGAAAAUGGACUGUGAUUCUGAUGUGCUGACUGAUGUCAAAAAAGAAUUUUUGAAUGUGAUGGGAAAUGAUGACCCCCGAUUCUCUGCUUUCUCAAAGUUUAUGCAUGAUGAAAAUGAUGCUUUGAUUAAUUUAUCAAAGAGUAGAAGUUCAGUCAGUGAAAAUAGUAGUGCCCUGAAAAUUGCAGAAGGGCAUAUGAGCGGAAGAAGCAAAUUUGUGCUCAAGGAUAAAGAAGUCAAACAAGAGGCUUUGGAUGAAGAUCAGUUUCCUGUGCAUAACCAAUCAUCUUUACUUGGAGGUGAGCUGUUAACUUCUUGCUCACAAAAGGAGGAAGUUGUGGAUCAAACCAAUAUCUGUGAGGAUGUAAAGAACUCUGGUGUCAGUUCUGUACAUUCUAAGGAUGACUGUGCUUCUACACUUAACAUUGAGAAGAAAGUGGAAGAAGUAAGACUGAGUAUUUUAUCAAGUGGCCUAAAUAGUUCUGGAAGCAUGAAUUCUGAUGCUGUUGUCUGCUCAAAAGUAAAUGUUGAGAAUAUUACAGCUGAUAUCUCCUCUAUUGAUGGGAAGGAAAAUGUUGCAGUGUGCGUUUCUAAAGGAAGUGCUAUUGAAUCCACUAAAGCUUUAAAAAAGGUGGAAUGUGAGAAAACAGCUGAUAUUGUGAUUGACUCUGAAAAAACACAAAACAUCGGUAGUAACACCAUUCAGUCAACUAAGAACGAUAAUUUAUUGGAUAAUUUUGGAUCUCUGAAAGGACAAAAGCACAAUGGUAAAGGAAACAGUGAGGGUACUGAAGAUGAGGUUGUGGUUUUGAAAAUGUUACAAUUAGAGCAUAACUACAGUAAAUCGUCAGAUGAUUCUAAUGACAGUAAGAAUUCUGAUUCAAAGGACUCAAAGCAACAGUUGAAAGGUGAAACAAAAGAUCCUAAAAAAGAUUUCAAUUCAGGUUCGAGUGAAACAAGAAGGACUCUUCGGAGAACUUCAAAGGACGCUGUGAAUUAUAUAGAGCCAGAUGAAGAAGAUUUAGAUGAUGACGAAGACGAUGAAAGUGAAGAAAGUGAUAAGCAAUCAGCCUGCUCUUCUUCUAGAGUUAAAGCAAAACAGAGUGUGAAGAAACAAGAACUGAAAAAUGAUAAACUUUCAAAGGCUGAAGCAAGAGAUGUAGGCAAUAACACUGGGCGGGCUAAAAAGCUGACUGAAAGCAGCAGUAGUUCUUCGAAACACAGCAAGCCCUCACCUCCCCUGAAGAACAAGAAGCUAACAAAAGCAGACUUUGAAAUGAGAGUUGAACUCAAGUCAAGGGCCUGCAGUUUUUGUUCAUGUUACUAUAUGUCUAAAACUUGCUUGUUCUAUCCAAGUUUGGACUUUCGUCCGCGGCAGUUUGAAGGGUGCAUUUGUGAAUGUUGUGACUACAGCAGUGAGAGUGAGGAUGCUGAAGAGGAAGGGAGUAAUGGGGAAACUAAUGAAGGCAAAGGUGACAGCACAGAUAAUGCAGAUGAAUGUACUUCCAAAUCGUCUAUAAUUAAUCCAGGUUGGUAUGGUAAGGGAUGCCGCAAACGCAUCAUUCGUAAAAGAAAAUAAUAAAUCCAUGGAAUUGAAAGAAAAACAGAUGUCCCUUGGUACAGAUUUUAAAUGCAAGAAAAAUAUGUUUAAAAAUUGCUGUGUUCCACUAUCUUCUAUCAAUUUCACUUUAAAUCUGUAUUUAAUGAUUGUGUGCUGACACAUUGAAAUAGUGGUCCGUCAACAUCUUUCCUCCUUUUAAUUUAUUCUUGUAGGGUCUUUUGUCUGUUUUGAUUCGUGUGUGAUGAUUACUUGAAAUACUUGGGGAAUACUUUGCCUGACAUUCAAUUUAUCAUGUUGUAAUUGUUGCGUGUCUGAAGGGUAUUAUUUAAAUAGGAUCUAGGAAUCAUCUCAAUCUAUAGACUGAAAAAGUUGCAAUAAGUUGUUAAUUCAACAGAUUAAACUUCUGUUUGUUGCCAACUUUAGGAAGUUUGUCUUAUUCAUACUGUGAACAGCUCUAAUAUUACCUAAUAUUACUUACUUAUAGAUUUAAUAGAUCUCAUGCAGAUAAUUUCAUCUGAUUACUUCUUAGCUUAGAAUGAAGGUUUGAAUUGAAAACUCAUUUGUCUUGCAUCAAGGAAAAUGUUCUUGCGUUUUUUAAAUCUUUUGCCCCAACAGUUUUAGUCACAGAGUUGAUCAGAAAGUUUAAGUGUUGGUAAGUAAAACCGUCCAGGGUACCAUGGAUGCACUCUUAGGGUUCAUGUUUUGCAAUUUCUCCAAUCAAAGAGACUGCUGAGCAAAAUUUUUAAGGCUUCAGUCUUAAGAAAAAGUUUUUGAAAAUAAGUACAUAUUUACAUCACAAUUUUGUCCCCCUAAUAUGUACUGUGAAUGGUAUUUAAGAAUGGGUUCCAUGUUUUGAGGUUUGUGUAUCCCAUUAAGACACACUACCUUCCAUUUUUCUAUGAAGUGAUAAUAACUUUAACAAAAUCUGUUUAAUAUUAUUUGUUUAUAUUUAUCAGUUUAUUUAUUUAUGUUUUUUUUUUUCUUUUUUAUUCUUUUGCAGCACAGUCACAGUUAUAAGCUGUACAUUAACAUCUUUGGUGUGGCUGUGUUUUGCAAACUUCUUUAAUUUGUAUGUUCUUGUUUCUCAACUUUGUGUUUAGAGUUAAGGACAUCUUCACCAUCUGUUGCGUCAUGAACUUGCUUUUACCAAAUUAUCUGGAUGGCUUCGUAUCACCCCAAAUGUGGUUGAGGUGUGACAAAAUGAUACGUAAUCCUCAUUAAUUAAUGUGUUUUCCCUAAUUUUGUGCAUUAUUUUACUGUGCAAUGAUCCCAUAGAAUCUUUGGCUUUAGAGAUUGUGUAGAAAACUUAACUCAUUGGUUAAAAAGUAACUGCAUUCUUCAAAAUUGAACAAACAAUGAAUUUAAGUUACUACCAGCAGAAGAAGUUGUUCACCACCACUCAAUGACACAAUGUUUUUCUGUGAUUAUUUGGUCUCAUUUUGUGAAUGAAUUUAUGGUGUUAAUAAUCUGAUUGUUUGGUAAUAAAAUUUACCAUGACAUA